CCUGCUCUGUAGUUUAGGACAGUGAGACAUAGGAAGUGAGAGAGACGGUGCUAGAAAUAGCUGCAGCUAGAAAGUGGGGGGAAGUGGAAAGAUUUAGUUGUAGCUACGCAUUUGCAGUAGCAAAUGUAAACUUUGGGUUAAUACAGCUUGAUUUCCAGCUGCUAUCAGUUACGACUUGGUUUUCUACAUUGGAAUAUAAAAAUGUCGUCUCCAAGUCCGGGUAAAAGGCGAAUGGAUACUGACGUGGUGAAACUUAUCGAGAGCAAGCACGAAGUCACAAUCCUCAGUGGACUCAAUGAAUUUGUAGUGAAAUUUUACGGACCACAAGGAACGUACGAGGGGGGCGUGUGGAAGGUACGAGUAGAUCUACCGGACAAAUACCCGUUCAAAUCGCCGUCAAUAGGAUUCAUGAAUAAAAUUUUCCAUCCCAACAUCGAUGAAGCGUCAGGAACAGUGUGUUUAGAUGUCAUCAACCAGACGUGGACGGCCCUUUACGAUCUCACCAAUAUCUUUGAGUCGUUCCUGCCUCAGCUGCUGGCGUACCCCAACCCCAUCGACCCGCUCAAUGGAGACGCUGCCGCCAUGUACCUUCAUCGGCCAGAGGAGUACAAGCAGAAAAUCAAAGAGUACAUCCAGAAAUAUGCAACAGAGGAGGCUCUCAAGGAGCAGGAGGAGGGCCAGGGCGAUUCCUCAUCGGAAAGCUCCAUGUCCGAUUUCUCAGAAGAUGAAGCCCAGGAUAUGGAGUUGUAGUGAUAAGAGCCGACUCCCCUUUGAAACCACAGACUCUAUCAUUUCCUAACCAUGAGAAAGCAGACUAUUAUAUUCAUAUUUAAACAAGUUGAUUUUUAUUUUAUUUUUUAUUUUAUUAUUGCCAUUACUAAAACAUGGAUUUUUAUGAAUAUCUAGCUUUGGUGUACAUUACACACCUCUCCCAUCUGCUAGGUGUUUUUCUUUCCCGCCAUGUCUCUUUCUCCACCUCCAAACCCUGUAGUGCUGUGUUGGCUGUUACGCUGUCUGUUCCCACUAUCCUGCGCUAGCUGCUGUUAGCUCAGAAACAUGCAGUCUGACCUCACGUUGACCUUACCCACAAUGCAGCGGCAGUGGGACAAAAUGGAGACUACCUACCCAUAGGCUGAGCUGAAUAAAGUUGGGGGGGACAUCGGAGAUCUACCUUCACUUAAUCUCAACAAUGUGUCCAGGAAGAAGAGCUGCUGAGAAUUCGGUCACAUUCAUGGUGAAGGGCGUUUAAGGUCUGGGAAUUUCUGGCAGAAAUGUUGUUUGAUUUCGAUUUGAUUACACAUGUUAAAACAAAGUCGCCGUCAUUGGCUGGUGUGUCGUACAUGACAGAUUUUGUAUUUUAAGCUAGUAUGAAAGAGUGUAAUUACAGCUUCAGUAUCCAUUUUCUAUCACCAGUGUAGGUUUUUUUGUGUUCAUUUCUGCUUUUCCUUUGACUGGGGAUUUGGAGCUUCCUAUGUUUUGUGUGUGUACAUCGACAGACUUGUAAAGGGUCACCUAUCCUAUGUUUUGUCCUCAUGAAUCCAGCCAGCGCACCAAUCAAAGCGUUUUGUAAACCUGUCCAAGCUGGUAUGGGUUUGACUCCCUGUACUUUUUAGAAAAGGUGUUAUCUAUCCUUAAAAGUCAGUUAGGGGUGUAAAUCAUGGCCACUCCUCCAGUAUGUUGCAAGGGGAGGUUGAAGAGGCUGACCAAGAGGCAUAUUUGAUGAAAGAAAAAAAAAAAGCACAAUGCUCAAUUUUAGUUGUAAUUUUUAACCCCUCCCACUCAUUUCUUUUAAUUUUAAGAUUUUUACUGCAAAAGACCAUUUUUGAUUUCUCCAAAAGUCAUCCUGUACAGUUUGGGCAAGAUCCAGAAGCGACAUUGCAUUGGGCUGUGUUGAGCUAGGCUAGUGUAGGGCUGAACUAAAAGAGUACUGCGUGUGUAGAAACUGCUUUGAGUUGAUGUUAAUAAGGCUUAGUCAUUUACCUGGGUUUGUCAUUCAGAGAUGGGAAGUUGCAGGGGGUGGGGUGGGGGGAGGGGGGGAGAUAUCUGAUGGUCUUUUUUUGUUGCUAACGUUGUUCUUAUCAACUUUGCCUAUCGCUUGUGCUAAACUAUGGUAUGUGUUUUUGACUUGAUGUAGGGGUAGUUAGUUUGCAGGGUGGUGACAAACUGAAGACAUAUGGGUAUAUUACAAUAUAGAGUUAGCUUGUUUGAGGUAAUUGUCUGAUAAGUAUAACAAUAAUUGAUUUAAGUUUUGAAUUAAAGUGUCCAUUCAGAUA